CAAGAAAAAGAAUUAGUGGGUCUAAUACUACAUCAUCAGUAAGAAGGUCAGCUCGCAUUAAACGCGACGAACCUAAAGAAGAACAACUUUCAAAUGAAGAAGCUGUUCAAGAAGUUUCUUCUGAAAAUGAAGAAGCUCAACCUAAACCUUCAUUACCUAAAAAACGCACCAAGGUUAUUUUUCCCGCUUCUAAAAGUACACGUGCAAAAAAAGCUCGGAAGCAACAACAAAUGGAAGAAACGAAAAUUGAUGAGAGCCCAGAUAAUGGCAGUCAAGAAUCGGAGACUAUCAAAGUAAAAAACAAUGCUAUUAAACAGUCUUACGAAGAUAAUACAGAAGACGCGUCAGCAACUGAAAGUACUAGUUUCGUAUCCCUUAAAAGUCAGAAUACUGAAAAAUCGAGUAUAACUACUCCCUCGAGCACUAUCCCAAAACAUGAUAGUUCGGAUAUGAAUACUGACGAAUCUGAUCCACUUGUUCAAGCAAAAUGGGAAAUAAUCAAAGCACAACUCUUUGAAGUUCCCAGAGAACCGCGUCCUGCUUAUCGUGAAUAUCAAAACAAGUUGUUUACUAAACAUCCUUGGAUGAAGAAAAAAGAUGUUGAUUAUCUCCAAAAAUUAUUUACAGAUCCCAAAUCCAUGCUCGCUAAGAAACAAUUGAAAACGCUUUUAAAUUUUCAUGUAUACAAUAAUUUUACAGAUGAUCAAAAAAGUCGUCUCUUGAAACUUUUACCGAAUUGUGACUUAGUUCCAAUUGCGAGCGAUAAUGGAGAUCCUAUUGACACUCCAAGAAUUGAACGAGAAUAUUUAGCCGCGGGAUUAGAUUCUUAUGAACCGGGUAUAUCUGAACCGGUUAGCGAACUCGAUCCAAAAAAAGUUUGUCCUCGGUUUGAUUUCUGGCUUUCAGAUUCUUUCAAAGAUGCUCGAUGGUGGUUCCAAACGAGCAUUAAAUAUGGGUAUAAUACUAAAAAUGGAGUCGAUACACAAUGGAAUAAUCUUGAAAAAUUUAAAACUGAAGUUCCCAAGAAUUGGAAGCGUGAUGAUUAUGAACAAGAGUGGGGAAUCGGACUUUCUGAAAAAAUGGGAAAAAAACAAAUUGCAGGUGAUUCGGCACAUAUCUCUCUUCCUGAAAUGACCAAGGCACAAAUCAUAAGACUGGAUGAUACAUUAAAGUAUAAACGGCAAUUUAAAAAUAUGGGGAUAACAGUCUUAAUGGAUUUGAAGGUUGUUGCUAUUAAUAAAUCAAAUGGCCAUUUGCAACUCAAGUUAUUUAAGGGUGAACAAAACAAAAUCAUAGAUGAUAUACAUAAUCCGACUCGCCUAGAAAAUGAAGUAUUAGAUUUUGAUGGUCGUGUUGCAAAAAGUUCUCGCCCUAAUGGUAAUGCCUUUAAAAAUUUUAGUAUUGUAAGGUCAGAAGAUUAUACCCCAAGUCUAUUCGAGGCAAGAAAAGAAUAUUGGGCGAAAACCCAAUGAUUUUGUUUUUCUUUUCUUAUUUUCGUAGUUUCUUGUACAUAAUUCUUCAUGCCUUUUCUUCUCUUCGAUUAAUAUGAACUAUAAAAGUUGAUAUCUAUAUUAUUGAUAUUCUGAAUACGUAAUAGUAAUUGAAUAGAGCCUUCCGAAAAAUUUUUUACGUAUAGCA